AUGGAGAACAUAACAGACGCCAAGCCGGACACGAUUGUCGAGAUUGCUCCAGAUGGCGACCUCAUUUUGGUAGUCGGCUCAGAAGAGACGAAGCUCCGUGUUCGUUCCAUGUUGAUGAUGGCCGUCUCGAAACCCUUCUCUGUCAUGUUGGGACCAGACUGGAAGGAGGGCCAUGAUAUGCGCGACCACGAUGGGCUGUCCGAAUUAUCGCUGCCUGAUGAUGAUGCUGCUGCACUGGAAAUUAUUUGUUCUGUCAUUCACUAUCAGAACAAGAAAGUACCUCGAACUCUUCCUGCUUGUGAUGUCCUCGCAGUUGCUGUUGUUGCAGACAAGUAUGGUUGUGUGAAUGCCUUGAAAUUCGCAAGCGAAACCUGGCUCCGGAUCUCUGGAGAUGAACCUGACAAUCUGAUGCUCUUAACUGCUGCGGCAUACCUCUUCAACAAUUCGCAAGCAUUCAAUAAGAUCACUGGAGCAUUGGUGGUUGACUAUGAUGGACCUUAUCUUGCUCUUUGUGCCGAUGAAAUUGAGUCUGUCAUACCGUGGAAGGUUUAUUGGAACAGCAGAGAGGAUUCGCACGACUGGAGAUAUCGCAAAUUUUUAUAG